CAAAAGUACUUCGAUUCUGGUGACUACAACAUGGCCAAGGCGAAGAUGAAGAACAAGCAGUUGCCAAGUGCAGGGCCAGACAAGAACCUGGUGACAGGAGACCACAUCCCCACACCGCAGGACCUCCCGCAGAGAAAGUCCUCGCUUGUAACCAGCAAACUGGCAGGGUAG